UAGCAGGAGAGAUGAAGAAAUGGCUUCAGCUAAGCAUGAGAAUGAAGAUACACUCAUUACUGCACAACUCCAGGAGACUUUGGCUGGCCUGGAUGAAGAUUUAGAAGCAAUGGAUGUUAUAAGUAACUCUGACUCUGGACACAUCAAUGAAGUGUUGAGCCCACAUGUAAGAAAAAUUGAGGCUCCUCAAGAUGUUACUAUUUCUGUUCCAGUAACAGUCAUAGAUGAUGCUCCAGAAAUUACCUCCUCUAACUCAGCUGGAAAUCAAGAGACAGAGACAAGGGUCUCACAGAAUAUCUCAGCUGACUCCGUUAAUACAGGAACCUUUACAAAUAAAAACAACAAAGCAGGUUCCUUUGAUAAGGGACACACAGACGGUGGAGCUGCAUGCAUGUCCAAGGACCUAAUACAUCAGCAGCUAUCUGAAAACAAAUUCAGUGACUUGCCUGUGGAACAGAGGAGAGAUAUGUUUGAAUCUCUUACAUCCUCCUUUGAAAAAAGAAGUGAAAAGAACUUAAGACUGGAAGCCCCACCCAAACAUGGUGGGAAAUCUGAGGAAUGUAAAUCUAAGCUGACUCCAUCUCACUCCAAGGCCACAGCUGAAAUCAGUACAGCAAAAGAGAAGAUAAAUGAAUGUAGUAACAGGGAAAGAUCCCUGAAAAAAAGUAAAUCAGAAUUAGAAAUCAAAUGGCCACCAGCAAAAAAAAUUGAAGUAGAAGAAGUCCCAUCAACACCCACAUGGUGUCAUCGUGCCCAGAAUUCAUUGUGCACAAACUACGAACCUAAAAUGGGGUUGAAAACCUUUAAAGUUGUCCCUCCCAAACCUGAAGUAAAACAUUUUGAUAGAGGAGUUUCACUCUCCACUGGUGCCAUUAAGAUAGAUGAACUAGGCAACCUUAUAGGCCCAAGCACUGGUGUCAGUAAGCACAUACCAGGUACUUCUACUGAUGAAAGUGAUGAAAUUUGUCUUGGGAAAGUGAAGGCAUUCUGGAGGUCAAGUUCUAUGGAAAAGCAAAGUGAUGACUCUGCUGAGCAUCUUCCUAAAAAGUCAGCAGUCACCACAAACUCUAAGCCCUUUACUAUAAAACAUGAACACAAACCUGUCUGUCUUGCAGCUCCAAAACCUGUACCACCACAAAAUGUUACUACCCAGGUAGCUGAAAGACAGUCUGAGAAUGAAAGGACCAAACCACCUCUUUCAGUCACGCAGUCUCAGGUAACACCAUUAGUGAUCCCAGCCAUUAAUAAGGACAAGCUGGAGCUUCCAUUUCAAAAGCCACAUAGAAGAACUUCAAGUCAGUACGUUGCCUCUGCCAUUGCAAGACACAUCAACGUAGCUCCAUUUAAGUCUGACUCUGUGGAAUAUCAUGAGAAAGAUGAAGAUAAGCAAAGGUCGAGAGAGGUUAAAACUGAAGCAGAAGUUUCACCAAAAAGAUGUAUUAUUGUGGCCAAAUAUAGCCCCGUGGAAACAGAAUCGGCAGAAACAAGAGAAACACUUUCAAGGAUUUUUACUUGCAGUCAAAAAGCUAAUUCUGGCAUGGAAAACAAAGUAGUUAACAUCAGGGCACCAAGUCAAGCAACUCCUGCAAGUUUCUAUAAAAAGAAUGCUGUUGUCCCACUUACUAAAUCCUCUUCAAAGGAUAACAACAAUGCCGAAGAUGAUCAUGGUUUAAACAGCAAACAAAGUAUGGCAGAGAAUAAGAUGCUGUUUGACCAGAAAUGUGAGACUUUGACCCAUACUAAUUCAGCCUCAUCUUUCAAGUCUCCUGAUCUCCAAGGAGUCCCAUCCUCUUUCAGCUCGUCUUUGCGAGUCACUAAAUGGCCUCCUGCUAACGGUGUACAAGUCAAUUCGCUUAAAGCUUCACCUGAGUUAAAUGGUGCAACAGCAAAUGCAGAGUCAGAACAGGAGGAGAAACCUGGCAAUUGGGAUAUUAAUGCUGUCAGUGAACUGGAUGUUAAUGUGCAGGCCAAUAUCUUUGGACCAAAGAAGAAGUUCAAACCUGUUGUCCAAAAACCAGUUCCAAAAGAUAUGUCACUGCACAGUGCCCUAAUGGAAGCCAUUCAAACAGGAGGAGGAAAGGAGAAACUCCGAAAGGUUUCAGACAGUGCACUAAAUGGCAAUCACAAGAAACCCUCAUAUGCUGAGCCAGAGAAUGAGCGCUCAGCCCUUCUAGCAGCAAUUAGGGGCCACAGUGGCACCUCAAAGCUGAAAAAGAUCUCCUCAUUGGCCUCCAAAGAACUGCAGAGUUUUAGGAAUGCAGAACUGUCCUUGCAGAAGGCAGAAGACCCUCAGGAAGAGCAGAUCCCACCUGCCCCUGCUCAGCCACCACCACCACCUCCCACUCAGCUGUCAGCAGCAGCUCCUAAAUCCUCUGCCAUGGGUACGGGUAACCCUGGGGAGGCAAGGCAAGCCCUAAUGGAGGCCAUUCGCUCUGGUGCUGGAGCAGCAAAGUUAAAAAAGGUAAAUGUACUUUUAUGUUUUAUUGUGGAUGAAACAACGGAGGCAUACUGUGCUUUGAGAGACAUUUAUAAGCUGUUCUAG